UAUGGAUGCUCUUGACAGAUUAUUGAUGAAUUUGUACAACAGGGAACUAACGGACUUGCUGGAAGAUGACGCCAAUUUCACUUAUACUAUUGCCUAUCUCAUUCAGGAGAAUGUCUAUAAUAAUGAUCAAGAUUCAGUUAUAAACACAAUUUUCAAUUCAAAUAUCUCUUUGAGAGCACUUUUAAAUAUUCAAAAAACUCAGCAAUCAAAUACAAUUGCUAAACAAUUUACUGAGACUAAGAAAGACGAAUUUUGGCAAAAUCUAAUAGAAAAUGUUAAAGAAAAGAGAAGAGAAGAACUUUCAAAGGUUCCAAUUUUAGAGAAUGAUCAACACAAAAAAGAAGAAUUGAACAGUUUUAGAAUACCUUUAAAAAUGUUGAAUAAGCUUAAUAAUUCAGAGGACGAGUUUGAAGAGGAUAAAGUUUUUGAGAGGAUAUUUGACGAGAAUGAAGAAAAGACUAAUAAAUGGUUAAUAACAGGAAAAUCUGGGUUGGGUAAGACUCUUCAACGUCAACAAGUCAUCUGGAAUUGGUCUAAUGGUGUCACUAAUCAAAACAAACUAUUGCUCUCUGUUGAUGUUAGUAAAAUAGAGGAAAGCGACAAAAAGUUGGCAACAGUUGUAAAAAAGCAAAAUUUUAAUAGAGAAAUGUUUAAUUACAUUAGCGAAAAAGCUUUAGAAAGUCUAUUGGAACAAGAGAAUUCUGGAAUAAUCCUUCUUAUAGAUUUGGAUAAGGAAUGCCAAUUGCAAAAGUAUUUUUUAAGGAAAUAUCUACUAAGAAAUAAAUAUCCAAAUAAAACGAUAGUUUGGUUGGAAAGUCUACGGGAUUUUGAUUUAAAAGCCAAUGCGACUGCCAUCUAUGAACUGUUGAAAUUCGACAAAAAACAAAUUAAAAAAUUCUACAGAAAAAUACUAAAGGAGGAAAGUGACGAAUUGUUAAAAUUCAAUACAGAAUUAAAAAAAUUGAGUAGAAUUCCAAAGAUUGCUAUGAUAAUAUCAAUCCUCUGGAGAGAGAAGAGAGAAGAGUUUAAUGACAAAACGCCAUAUUCUGUUUUAGAUCAGAUAUUUAAAUAUGGAAAUAGUUUGGAGCCAACAAAAUCGGAAGAAAAUUUCUUUCACACUUGUUUCAAUAAUAUGAUAGGAGAAGAAAACGAACCAAUUCAAGAAUUUGACAGACUAGACGAAAUAGUCAACUGUUAUUCCAAUGUUAUCUGUAAAAUUAUUGACCCAAAUUCUACACCGGAAGCUGUGGAAUAUAAAUUACAAUUUGAUUCAAAUUUCAUAGUUGAAUACUUUUCAACAAAACAUUUAAAAAUACAAUUUACUAAUUGGAAAAAGGCUACGGAGGGCGAUCAAGGAGUAGACAUCACUUAUAAUAUUUUAAAAGUUAUUGAAAAAACUGAAAAUCCAAAGAUUUAUAAUAUCCUAUCAUUUUUGGAAAAAUACUGUUUUGACACCUAUAUGGAACUAUUAGAUAAAUCAGCCAUGAAGUAUAGAAUGUUUAAUGAUAAAAAGCUAAAAGAGUUGAUCCUUGGUAAUGAUAAUCCAAAAAAACUUUCUAUAACAGAAGAGAAUUUAAACGCUUAUAAAUCUGGAAUUAUCUUUAGAAGGUUUCAUUGUAGAUUAGAGAGUUUAAGACUAACGAAAUGUGAAUUUAGAGAAGAAGAGAAAGAUUGCGGAAGAAAAGGCUUUUUUGAAAGAAUAAAUAUUUGUCAACAUUUGGAACAAAUAAUUUUUAAAGAUGACGAAAUUGAUCAUUAUAAUUUGGAAAUGAAUAUUCAUAAACUACUCAUAUCCGUAUUACAGUUGAAAAAGUUGAAAAAUGUGAUUUAUAAAACUCUAUCAACAACGAAAGAAAUUAAAAAAUAUAGUGUUGAAGUGAGCGAAAGUAAGUUAUCAGAUAAAGAUAACAAUUCAAUUACUCGUACAAUCCUCUUAACAAAUGUCAAAGAAAAAUAUGGCUUAAGAUUCGACUUAGAAUAUUCAGGACAAAAAAUAAUAGGCCUAUACUACGAUAGUAUCUGUAAUAGAGAUAAGAUAACAACUGGAUUUGUAAAAAUGAUAAGAGAUAUAGAAACUUUAGAGUUCAUGACAAUUAAUAACAAAAUAUUAACAAUUGAAUUUUGUAAAGAAUUUUUUGAGAUAAUUGAAAAAUGUAAACUUUCAAAAAAAGUUAAUAUUUUAAAUUGUGAGAUUUUAGAGAUUUAUAAACAGUUUUUUGAUUGUUGUAACAAGCACAUCUCCAAUAAUAAUUUCGCAUUUAAUAAGACAGAUAACAGUAAUGUUACAAUGAGAAAUUACUCUUCAAUUUACAAGGAUUUUCCAGAUAGUUAUAUGAUGUCUUUCAAUCCUAAUCCUUCAUCACUUCCUGAUAGAGAAAAAGAGAACAAGGACGAUGAAAAACUGAAUGAAAUAUCAAUUGUAAAGAUAGACAAUUCACCCAAGAUUCUCCUUAAUUCCAAUAAUGAUGGUGAAAUGUUUCAAAUUAUUCCAACCAAAAAUGAAAGAGAAAAACACAAUUUGAAAAAACCGCUUAAGUACAUCAAGAACGCCAUGGGCAAGAAUUUAAUAACAUUUUCCGAAAUUCCAUACCAUCCAGGAGCGUCCUUUGAAGAGAAGAAUAAAUUCUUUCUCAAAUAUAUGGAAAGCAGCGAAGAAGAGAAAGAAGAGAACUAUCUAAAUGAUGAGAUUGAUAAAUCUAAAGUUUCAAUGGCCUAUCUAUUAAAAAACAAUACUAUACAUAAGAUUUCAAUGACAAACUUUAAUAUGACUGGAUUUUUACAAGUAUUUCAAAAUUUUAUGAAGAAUUCAUAUCAACAAUUGAAAUAUUUCCAUUUGAAAAAUGUCAUCAUCAACGAUAACAUCAGUUCAAUUUUAUCAACUUGUUUUGCGUCGUUAAAUGGUUUAGAGUCGAUUAAAUUCAUUGAUGUCAAAUUUCUUGAUACAUCAAUGCAAAUUCUUUGGUAUGGUUUCAAUUCAAUUAAAAAUAAUAUCAAAGAAUUUUCAAUUGAAAAUUGCUACCUAAAUAAAGAUGGCUGUCAUAUUCUGAGUCACAUGAUUAAGGAAUUGAACCAAUUGGAAUGUUUACAUAUAUCUGGAAUAGUUUGUCUAGACUUUGAAUAUUUGAAAAUAUUUGAAUUGAGGAGUGAACAAUUGAAAAAUAUCAAUUUAUCAAAAUGUCAUUUAAAUCACCAUUAUCAGUAUAAAAGUCUGAUUAAUUUGAUGAAAAGACUACAUUUUCUAACAGAAGUUGAUUUAUCCUACACUACUCAAUUUUGUGGACAAUUUGAAAAAGUUUUUAAAAGUGUAAUGAAAUCUUUGAAAUGUUUAAAAACUAUCAAUUUAAGUUAUUGUAAACUUAAUAACAACAACUUUAAUUUUUUUUGUGAAUAUUUCAUAAAAAGAACAUUAAAAUUAGAAAAUUUAAUUCUAAGCGGAAAUGAAAUUAAUGAAAAUACUUGUUCAAAAUUAUUCGAAUCUUUAAUUGAAUCUUCAACAAAAACAUUAAAAAUUUUAAAGAUUAAUGAUUGCAAAUUAAAAAUUAGCGAAAUUAAUGAACUGAGUAAAUUUCUUCUUAAAAGUCAAUGUUUGAAAGUUUUAUGGUUACAGGAUAAUAUUGAAAUUAAUGAGAAAAAAAUGUGCAAAAUAUUUAAAGGUCUUUCAAAAUCAGCGUCUAAAAAGACGCUUUUAAAAUUAAAUGUUUCGAAUUGUAAUCUAUCAAGAAAAAGUUUAAAAGCAUUGUGGAAACUUUUUAAAACAUUAUCGAAUAUUCAAAGUAUCAUUUUGAGUGGAAAUGAAGAGGUUGGUAGACAUUUUGAAAUUCUCUAUUCAAACAUAACACCAAAUCAAAUUAACUUGCUCUAUCUAGAUAUUUCAAAUUGUAAUAUAAGAAAUAUCAAAGACAUCAAGGAUAGAGAUAUUCAAGAUUAUCUUUUAAAAGAUUUAUCCUUAUCAAAUUUUCAUGUAUUGAAAAAGUGCGUUACAUCAGAAUUUCAGGAAAAUCAAGAUUUAAAUACUUUUAUCAAUAUUCUUAAGAAAAUACCUCAUUUGGAAAUUGAAUACUUAGAUUGUCAACAAUUCGUAUGUCGUGACGUCAAAAAAUUAUUUGAAAAUCUUUCAAAAGAUUUACAAAGAAUCUAUAGUUUGGAAAAGGAUGAUGAUGAUGAUAGAUUGAAUCAUUUCAAAAAAUGUCUAUUGGAAGUGUCGUUAUCAUCAGAAAAUGAAGAUGUUAAAAAAUUUAAAGAAUUACUGUUAGAAGAUUUUCGAAAUCAUGCUUUGGAGAAGAUGAAGAAUUUCUUUAUUGCUUUUAGGAAAUUGAAAUACUUGAAUUUGAGCUAUAAUGAAUUUUGUAUGGAUAUCAUAAUAUCUUCAAUUGCAAAAUCAUGUGCUCCUUUUCUUCAUUUUUUGAUUAUGAGAUCAUGUAAAUUUUCUGAAAAGGAGAAGGCACAGCAAUUAAGUCAACUCUUCAUGUAUUGCAGAUCUUUACAUUACUUGGAUAUGAGUUUUAAUGAGAAUCUAUUCAAACAAGAAGAUUAUAACAAUGAUAAAAAUCAUUGUUUAUCGAAGUUGAGUUUCUGUUGUUCACCACUUCAAUCUUUGAAAUUCAAUUCAUGCAAUUUGAAUGACACCGAUGGAGAUUAUUUAGCCAAAUUGCUAGAGAAAUGUCAAAAUAUAAAUGAAAUUGAUAUUGGCAAUAAUGGGGAUAUUUCUAAUAGUUUGAGUAAAAUUUUCACUUCUCUUCUUCAUUCUCAUAACAAUUUAAAAAUUUUAAAUAUCAACAAUUGCGAAAUAAGUGACAAAUGUUGUACUGAGUUGUGUCAACUAUUCGAGUAUUGUUACUAUCUUGAAGAAGUCUAUAUAACUUUUGGCACAAGGUCAAUUGAAGAGAGCGAUUCAUUGAAAGAAGAUAAUAAGAGUGGACAAUUGUUUUCAGAUAUUUUUGAACAUUUGAUCAAUUCCUCAUUGUCUUUAAGAGUACUCCACUUGUCGGGUCAUAUUAUUGAAAAAGAUAUAGACAAUAUUGUUAGAUUUCUAAUUGAAUGUCCGAAUUUGAAAGAUCUUAACUUGAACUUUGACCCUAAAAUAAGAUGGCUAAUUUUUAAGCAGCUAAUCAAAAUAAUCAGUUCAAAGAGUUUUUACGAUUUAAAAUUUUUUCCAUGGAUUGUUGAAGCUAAAAUGAAAAUGUUGAAAACUGUUGAAAAUGAAACAUUCAAGUUUACAUUUGGUGAAAAUCUACAUUUAACAGAAUGGAAUGAACUUUUAGAAAUAACAUCUAACUGUCAUAUUCAAUAUUUAGACAGUAUAAAAUUUCUGAAGGAAAUAAAAUAUUUACACAGCGAAACAUUACAAACAAAAAUCAUUUCACGAAACAUUAUUCAACUAAAAUGUGCUCAAUUCUUUAAUCAAUUGUACAUGCCAUUAAAUCUAUUGCAAGUUAAGCCUAAUCUAUACAAAUCAUCUAAGCGUCUAGUUGAUGUUGAAUUUUUGAAAUGUAUUGCUGGUUCAGCGACUGCUAUAUUUAUGGUCGAUUGA